AUGAUUUUCAUGAGGAAAUUCUUUCUGUCGAUUAUUUUCAUACCAAUCUUAACGAGAGUCAAUUCACGUGCUGAUGAUUAUUUUGAUUUAUGGGACACGAAUUUCGAAACAAACGAUUUGUUCAAGCGACUGAAUGGAUGUUAUGAAGGUGAUACUUUCUCCUUAUCUGACCUAUCCAAUAUAUUGAUUUUAAAUAAAAUGGAUGAUGAUGUCUAUGAGAUGCGUUUUAGCUCUGAUAUCAUGGAUCUGUUCGAACGAAAGAUUCUAAUCGGACAGAUUGAUCUCAGCAAUGAAAUUAUUCGGAUAGAAAUUACGUUCUGUAAUCAAGAUAAUACAAUUGUGUUAGAUGACUAUGGAAAUCAAAUACAACUGAUGUUAAUUCCACAUGAUUUUGGACAUCUGUUAGAUUUGGUUAACCAGCAAUUCUCGUUUUCUUACAUGGUUUGUCGAUUGGUUUUACAACCGAAUUGUAAUUUUGAUCCCAGAACUCUCUUCUUCCACUGUGCUACAUCAUCAUCAAUAGAACCAAAAGUGUCAAAAUGUACGGAUGGGAUUAAAAAUCAAGAUGAAACAGGAUUAGAUUGCGGUGGAAAAUGUGCACCGAAACGCAAAUGUCUCGAUGGAUCUAAUUGUGUUUCAUCGAAAGAUUGUCAAAGUCGUUUCUGUGCAUCGAAUAUUUGCAUACCUAGUCAUUAUAAAAAUCAAAUGCAAGAUGGAGGCGAAAGUGGUAUCGAUUGUGGUGGACAAUGGGGAUUUGUGAUGAAAUGUAAUAAUUCUCAAUCUUGUAACGUAUCUUUCGAUUGUCAAAGUGAUGUUUGUGUAUCAAAAACUUGUUUACGUGACAANAAAGAAUGCCAGUGUUAUAAACAUAAUAAUCAAGACUAUGGCUCAUGUUUAAAUCCCAAUGAACAGCCAAUUUGCUCUAAAGGGUGUACCAUACGUGGACAAUGUCGAAACGAUACCGAUUGCUGCAAGUGUCAAUGUGGUCAAAUCACAGUUACCAAUGCCGAUGGCACGGUUUCUACUAAAAAACAGUGUGUUCGACGUUAA